GCUGUUAACUGUCAACAGUGCACAACUAACAGUCUGUUAUCAUAUGCUGACGCGCGUCUCGAUUGCCGCCAUUUGAAAAAAACGAAAAAAUCGAAGGAACCGAAUCCGGAUUUGCAGUUUGUCAGAUACAGUCGCUAGAUAUGGAGGACAUCUUGGGCGUGCUGGGCUCGCUUUCGGACCUGCGCAGGGAGCUCGAGGUCCUGCGCAAGGCCCACUUCGAGGAGCUGGACCACCUCUUCUACGGCACGGGCCAUCCGGAGGCGGAGGUCAAAACGAGGGACAGUGCUCCGGCGGCGAAGAGUCAGGAGAACCCUUCGGUGACACCGCAGCAGACGAAAAAGCGCCCCAAGCGACUCACCUCACUGGCCGAGGAUCAGAAUGAGCCCGAGGCAACUCCAGACACCACGGCUAACUCGUCAGCCCGUCAAGGCACUCGGGUCAGCAACUCCCAGCUGCUGGCCAUUGCCGAGAACGAGCACGACUCCACGGCCUCGCUGAUGCCGCCUCCGCCUGUGCCCGUCUCGGCGGACACCAGCCUCGUCGCCGGAAGGCCCCAGCGCGCCGCUAAGCUGAAGGGCGAGAAAUUACUCAAAGAGCCGACGCUCAACCGUAAAAUGCGCAGGCCCAGCAACGAGGAGUUCGUAAAGAUCAAGAUUGAGAGCGAGCAGCGUGUCUCCCAGUUCAACAGCUCCACCAGUGGACGGGCGUCAGAGGUGAAGAAACUGGAGGAGGCAGAGCUAGAAGACCCAGCAGCAGCCGCAGUGCAACAAAAGCCUCCAGAGGAAGACUCAACAACUGCGGACGUCAACACCACCAAGACACUCCGCGUGAAGAUAAAACGCGAGAAACAGAGCAGCGAAGGAUUGCCCCCGGUAACUGAUGCGGUCCCCGCGGCAAAUGUGACCACCGUCUCCGUAACAACGGAGGCAGCACGACCGGACGAUACGGUGGCCAGCAACACCACGACGUCCGCGGAGGUAUCCAAGAAGGGCCGCAAGAAGAAGAAGGACGCGGAAAGCCACCGACCCAUCAAGGUAGAACGCUUCAGCGACCUGGACAAGAACUCGCCAGUCUCGUCGCGCACUCGCAAGUGUAGCACCGAUUCGCGAACGAAUCCGGAGCGAUCAAUAUACAAGGACGCUCUCGAGGGUCCGCCCGUUGCAGAGCAAUCUGCGGCUGCAGCUGCUCCGGCUGCUGUCAAUGAGACCGUAACGAUUGCCAACGCCAACGCGACCAUGGUACUGGGUCCGGCGCCGACAAGCGAAAGCCCAAUAGGACCGGCUGGGGAUACCACUUUUGAGGUGCACUCCAACGAAAAGAGGUCACCUGUAGGUAAGCAAAACAGCCUCCUUACGGAGGACGAGUCGGUGGAGGAGAAGCGACCGACGACCAAGCUACUCUCGAGCAUCAAGGCUAUAAAACUGCCUACCCGUACACAUGAGCUCUUCAACCCACUGCUUCAGAGUCCGGUGAAAAUGCGCGUAGAGGCGUUUGAGAAUGCGGCAAAUGCACAGAACUUGCGCCCUAAGCGGGGAAAUGAUCUGCAGGGCACGCCAGGAUCAAACAACACUCCCAAAAUUGGCAAGCUGCCUGCUCCAACUAUGGGACGCUUCUUCACGCCCACUCAAACGACCAGUACGCUUCCAUUGAGCUCGGCGCAGCCCAAAAAGGGACCAGCCAGCGCGUCUAAGGCCACUACUCUGAUGAAGACCGCCACCGGUACGAACCUAAAGUCGGUCAACUCCACGUCCACAAAAACGCUAUCGCGCGAGAAUAGCGGGGACGACUUCCGCAAGGGUCUGCACAACCUGGCGGAAGAGCGCAAGAAGCUGCGCGAGCAAAAACACCAGCAGGCUGCCCAGCAACGCGAAGCCAAGGAGCGGGAGCGAGCAGAGCGUAUGGCCAAGCUGGCCGCCGAGCGCGCCAAGAAGCAGGAGGAGCGAAAGCGAAUUGAGGAGCGCAAGCGGCAAGAGCUGGAGGAGCUGCAGCGGAAGAUGCGCCAGCAUGAGGAAGCCGAGGCCCUUAAAAAGGCCAAGCUCAAGGAGCUGGAGCAGCAGAAGCUGCAGCAGCUAUCCGGCGCCAAGUCCAAGAAGAUGCUUCCGCCACCGCCGAAAACCAAGUACACCUGGGAGAUGCUGCACGAAGACGACUCCACAGACGACGAGGGCAAGGUCACGCACAAGCGUCCUCCUGCACCCACCUGGAGUCGAAGCCAUGUAAGGGGAGAGGCAAUAGCUAUGCAGAGCCACUGCCCAACCGACAUCAUCGACAGCUUCUUCUCGGUGGCGCCCACCACCCCGGACCUGAAGCAGAUAUUCCCGAACAUCGAUCCCAGCCAGCUGAAGCGAAACUCCAGCGUCCUGUGGUCCACGCCGCCGCGCUAUUCCGAGCUGCCGAAAUACUAACCAAGUAGUCCUGCUCUCUUCUCCCUUCUCCCGUAAUGCACAUGUUUAUGAUCGAAUAAAUAAAGUUAAUUGUGAAAA